CUGUAAGCGGCUAGGCGUCGGAAUUCUGGGCAUGCGCACUGUGUCACACAAAGGACUACUUUUCUCUCGGAAGUGAGGCACCGUGAAGAAUGGAAGAGAACACGGAUGACGGCAUCAGGUUUAGCUCCUUGUGUUUCAUCAAUGAUCACGUUGGCUUUCAGGGCAGUAUAAAAACCUCAGCCAGUGACUUCAUUGUUAUCGAGAUCGAUGAACGGGGACAAUUAGUCAGUAAGGCCGCCGAUGAGUCUCUCUAUGAAAUCAGUAAAAUACAAUCUGAACCGAGUAAUUCUGUCAAAAAGCCAAAGCUAAAUAUUCAGAAUGUAUCCUUAGAACAUGAAAAUAAUGAAGAAGUUGCUGACUUGCCUGGGUGUUCAGAUGGUGACCAGAUCCAGCCUGGGUGCUCCGAUAGCGACCAGAUCCAGCCUGGGUGCUCCGAUGGCCACCAGAUCCAGCCUGUGUGCUCCGAUGGCGACCAGAUCCAGCCUGGGUGCUCCGAUGGCCACCAGAUCCAGCCUGUAUGCUCUGAUGGCGACCAGAGCCAUCAUUCUGACUCAGAAAAAGAAAACAGUGUCAACGGUGUGACUUCUAAAUGUGAAGAACAAAGUGUUGAUUUAUUAAAUUCACUUUUAGAUGAGAAAACUCACACAUCGCUGGAUCAGUUUGCCUGUGAUGUCAAAGGGAUGUGGAAUUCAGAAACUGAAUUAAUUGAACCAUCUCCUGAAUUGUCCCUAGGCAGGAUCCUUGACAAAAACCAAAGGGCUGUUUUGCACAGUGCUGUCAGGCAGAAAUUUCCCUUUUUGAUAACCAGAGGAAACAACAGCGAAGUUGUUGUAAAACCAAACCUUGAGUUUAAAGAACUCUGCCAUUUGGUGUCUGAAGAAGAAGCCCUUGGCUUUUUCAAAUAUUUGGACGCAAAGAAAGAAAAUUCCAAGUUUACCUUUAAACCGGAUCCAAACAAGGAUCACAGGAAGGCCGUGCACCAUUUUCUCAACAAGAAGUUCGGAAACCUGGUGGAAACCAAGUCCUUUCCUGGGCAGAACUACAGCGCUGGGAACUCAAGCACAGCCAUAACCGUGAGAUUCCGGGAAAAAGCACACGGGAAGAGAUCGCAUCCGGAAUGCGAGAGAAGAAAAGCUGUGUGUACAGCUUUUACCCUACAAAAGGAAAAUCUGGAGAUGUUCGAAGCAAUUGGUUUUCUAGCCAUCAAACUUGGUGUUAUUCCUUCGGAUUUCAGUUACGCGGGCCUUAAAGACAAGAAAGCAAUCACCUAUCAAUCAAUGGUGGUUAGAAAAGUGACUCCAGAGAGGUUGAAAAAUAUUGAAGAGGAAAUUAAGAAGAAGAGAAUGAAUGUGUUUAAUAUUCGGUCCGUAGGCGAUUCUCUCAGACUUGGUCAGCUCAAGGGAAAUCACUUUGAAAUUAUCAUCAGAAAUCUAAGAAAUCAACUAAAUGAUUCUGCAAACCUGAGAGAGAGGAUCUUGGAGGCAAUAGAAAAUGUUAAGAAUAAAGGUUUUGUGAAUUACUACGGACCACAGAGAUUUGGGAAAGGAAAGAAAAUUCAAACGGACCGAAUUGGAUUGGCUCUACUGAAGAAUGAAAUGGUGAAGGCCAUAAAAUUAUUUCUUACACCAGAAGACAUGGAUGAUCCUGUCAAUAAAGCAAAGAAAUACUUUCUUCAAACUGAGGAUGCUAAAGGGACGCUUUCACUGAUGCCUGAGUUCCGGGUUCGAGAGCGGGCGCUGCUGGAGUCGUUGCAUCGCUUCGGCUUGACGGAGGAAGGCUGCAUCCAGGCCUGGUUCUCCUUCCCCCAUUCCAUGCGCAUAUUCUACAUCCACGCAUACAGUAGCAGGGUUUGGAACGAGGCAGUGUCUUACAGACUGGCAGCCUACGGACCCAAGGUGGUGGAAGGGGACCUGAUCUGCUUGGAUGAAGAUGCGAAUGAGCAUUUCCCAAGCAGUAAAGUUCAUCUGGUGACCAAAGAAGAGGAAUCAGCCAACACAUAUGCACUGCACCAGGUGGUUCUGCCUGUGCUUGGAUACAACAUUCAGUACCCAGAGAACAAAGUAGGGCGGUGGUACCAAGGAGUCCUCAGCAGGGAUGGACUGCAGGCCUGUAGGUUCAGGGUGCCCGCCCUAAAGCUGAAUGUACCCGGAUGCUACAGGCACAUCGUGAAACACCCCCACAACUUGUCACAUCGACUAGUCCAUCCUGAUGCCGCUGAGAUUCAAGUGGAAGGGCCCCACGAUGAUGUUACAGCCUCAUCACUGUCCUUGUCCUUUGACCUCGACGCUUCCUGUUAUGCUACCGUUUGUCUGCGGGAAAUGAUGAAGGGCGGCGACAUUUAAACCCACACCCUGAUGCAGCCGUGUGCCCUGUGUUUGGAAGCAAGGGUAGCUGUGGUUCCUAAGACUCCACCUUGAGCUUCACGGUUGCUGUUCGUUGGUUUUCACGGUAUCCUGAGAGGCUGGGUGUGGUGUAUUAACGUAAGCAUCAGUGUCUAAGUUUAAAGCUGUGUGACCGAGGUCUUUAAGGUCAUGCAUCAGGAUUUUUGCUCCGGUCAUGAAAGUUCCAGGUCUUUGGAGCAUGUCUCUGAGCACUGGCUACUGUGCAUCACGCAUAAGAGGUGGAGAGAGAACACUGUCCACACUGCUUAGAAAGGUAAAGCCAGGUGACAGUGAAACCAUGGUGAUAGGACCAGAGAAGCUUUUCUCCAUCACUGCCAUCCUUUCCGGCAUGAAGUGGCUGGUGUAACCCCAUGCAAAGGCAGUGUCUGUUCUCAUAAUGUAUUUAUGAGAUCAUCUUUGAGGAAGACUGAAGAUUUUAAUUAAAUUUUCUAUACUAAAUUUUUACCUGUUCCCCUAACUUUUUGUUUUGUUUUCUGUCACCUAAACUCAGAUUUUAGACUGUUGUCUGUAUCCACGCUCUGUUUCUGACCCAUACGAAUGACACUGGAUAUGGUACUGAUUCUUUUUGAAAAUACAGUCCUGAUUUCCUGA